AUGGCCAGGAUAAUAUUUGUGCUGACACAUGAUGAGCUUGAAAUAUUUACUGAGCAGUACUACACAAGCGACAAUCUCAUGAAAAAGAGCACCUUGAAUGAUAUUUUGGACUGUUUCUUCGCCUCUGUUGCUAUUUGUCAGUGUGCAGAUUUAUCACCUGUGGGCAUGAUUGCACCUAAACAGUCAUUUCUGUUCUGGCCCCAGGUGUGGUUCCAACAAGCGGAGGCCAAGUUCCACGUUUGGCGCAUCACAGCCGACGACACCUGGUACUACUAUGUGGUCGGCGCAUUGGAUCAGAAGACGGCCGGUCGCCUGGUCCCUUUCCUUCCCGCCCCGCCAGAUCAGGGCAAAUAUGAGGGCCUUAAAGCAUUGCUUUUGCGGACCUUUGGACGAUGCCAGACGACAUCCGUCUGCUGCUCGCUGGUGAGGAUUUCGCGGACCCUUGACGAUCGAUUGAGUAGCGGUGGUGCCUUGGAGAGCCCAGAAACCAGGCCCUGCUCCCAUUGGGAUCCAGCUACGCCGCCUGUCCUGAAUGACCCGGGAUUGCCGGCAAAUGCGACCUAUCACCCCGCCCCGCCCCGCCCACUGUGCUGGGCCGUCUUGUCUCGGCUCGUCUUGUUCCUGGCGGUGCGGAACCAACCAAGGGCCGACCGCGCUCUGCAGCCGCUUGUGGGCAACAUGGAGUCCGAGAGGGCGGGGGGAGAGGCGGCCGCAGGCUCGGAGGGUGGGCGCUCGAGUGCAAACUGCGCGGAAGAAGAGCAAAACGUGUUGCAGGAACUGUCAGAGUUGCCGGUGGAGAGGGCGGGCAAGCGGCCGACGUGCUCACGGUGCAGCCGUCCUCAGAAGGUUUGCCUCUGCCCAUUCCUACCAGUUCAUCCACUGAAUAUUUCCACAUGCCUGUACAUAGUUCAGCAUCCAGCAGAGGAGAGUCGAGUGCUGCGGACUGUUCCUUUGCUGGCUGCCUGCCUUCCAGCUGACAAAUGUAAAGUCUUUAUUGGACGGCGCUUUAAUGAGGACAGGCACCCUGAACUUGCAGCAAUUUGCCAGAGUGUUGGUACAUUAAUCUUGUUUCCUGGACCUGAGGCAAAUAACCUGGAAGAACUUGAACUUGAUCCAACGCUGUCUCCUUACAAUAUUAUUAUCAUCGAUGGGACCUGGAGCCAGGCCAAAGGAAUGUUUUAUGGAAAUUCCCUCUUCCGCUUGCCUAAACAAGUUCAACUCAAAACGAGUUUAUCAAGCCAGUACAUAAUUCGAACGCAGCCAAAUAAUACUUGUCUCUCUACACUGGAGUGUGCAGCCUUCGCGCUGUCAAUUGUGGAAAAGGACCAUUGCAUUCAUGAGGUUAUACUUCGUCCCCUUCGAGCAUUGUGCUCAUUCCAACUUCAGCAUGGAGCUCAAGUCCAUCACAGUAAGGAACAUCUGAUUAAGAAUGGAUUAUACGUAAAACAGAUGCCAAAGAAUAAACAUAAACCUAAUAAAAUGGAAUGUUUAGAGAAAGAAUAGGUGAUGGGUAUAAUUUUAAAAUUACAUUAUUUUUUAUGAGCAGAGCUUUAUGACAGUGGUUUUCUGUCUCUGAAUCUCUUCAUUUUCAUUUGAACUGGACAUUGGUUUGCAAAAGUUUAAUUCCUUGCUUAUUUCUAUUUUGAUUUUUUGUCUUAAUAAAUUCACCAGGAGUAAGUUUCUUCAGAGUUGCUUCUGUUGUACUUCCAUGAUUUAGGUGCAAAAAUUCAUGAAAAGUCUUAUUUACUGAAGUCAGUAGGGUUUCUUUUGAAAUUGGGUCAUUGUUCUGGUGCUGAGGUUGAAGAAUAUUCAGUUCCUCAAAUCAUAGGAUAUUAUUUGCUAUUUCAUGGUAUUCUCUGUGGCCAGGUUAAAAAUCCUGCAAUCUUCACGAAUAAUGGCAAAUACAGCAGGCAUGUCUUUAUCCCUGCUCGGUGAUUAAUAGGAGUCUGAGGGGUAACUUCGCACAAAGGGUGAUGGGUGUAUGUAACAGGCUGCAAGAGGAGGUAGUUGAGGCAGGAACUAUCCCAAUGUUUAAGAAACAGUUAGACAGAUACAUGGAUAGGACAGGUUUGGAGGGAUAUGGACCAAACGCUGGCAGGUGGGACUAGUGUAGCUGGGACAUGUUGGCCGGUGUAGGCAAGUUGGGCUGAAUCACUCUAUGACUCCGUGAUCCCCUUUGCCAUGAGAAUAUGUGGUCUUACCCAGGUUUCAUCAUAAUCACUGCCAGCGAUUGGCAACCCAAGAAAUGGCAGAUGCAGGAAUCCUUAAACAAAACACGAGGAACUCUGCAGGUCAGGCAGCACCUGUGGAGGGAAUUUACAGGUGAUGUUUGAAGUCGGGACCUUUCUUAUUAGACUCUAUUAUUGGGUUUGCUACUGAGGGUACCCGGACGUGGUGCCAAUGGACAAGAAGCCAAAGCAAAG